AUGCAAAUACCACCUGAUUAUGGUGAUGGAAAUGGGAGAAAAGUUUGCAGGCUUAAGAAAAGUUUAUAUGGGUUGAAGCAAGCAUUGAGACAAUGGUAUUCCAAGCUAUCUAAUUUCAUCAUCCAGCAAGGAUUCAAUCAGUCUAAGGCUGAUUACAGCCUGUUUACAAAGUCAGAAGGUACCUCAUUCAUAGCCAUCCUUGUAUGUGUUGAUGACAUUAUAGUUGCAAGUAAUUGUGUGGAUGCUGUCAAUACUCUUAAGGUUUCUCUCAAUGAUAAAUUUAAAAUUAAAGACCUUGGGAAACUGAAAUACUUCCUCGGUCUUGAGGUAGCAAGGUCAGAAGAAGGCAUCUAUGUAUGCCAAAGGAAAUAUGCACUUGACAUACUAAAGGAUUUUGGUACAAUAGGUUCUGCCCCUGCUAGAAUUCAUUUAGAUCAAAACCUCAAGUUAUCUAAGGAUCAAGUGGAAUUACUUGCUGACCCUACUCUUUAUAGGAGGUUAAUUGGUCGGUUACUUUACUUAACUAUAUCUAGACCAGACCUUGCAUACUCUAUCCGAUUGUUGUGUCAAUUUAUGGAUAGUCCUAGAGUUCCCAUCUACAUGCUGCUCACAAAAGUGUUAAGGUACAUUAAAAGGGCACCAGGCCAAGGAUUGCUCUAUUCUACAAAAUCUGAAUUGCAACUUCAAGGUUAUUGUGACUCGGAUUGGGGGUCUUGUCCAGACACAAGGAGAUCAGUGAUAGGAUAUUGUGUGUUCAUUGGUUCUUCCUUGGUAUCUUGGAAAUCAAAGAGACAAAAUGUGGUGUCAAGGUCCUCGGCUGAGGCUGAAUAUAGAGCAAUGGCCAACCUUAGUUGUGAAUUGACCUAG